GACACGCCUCAUUCGCAUCUGUCAUCCAAGACACACAAGGAGAACAAUCGGAUUAAAUAGAAUAAACAGAAUAGGAAUCUAUUUCUUCACUUUCUUCUGGUGGCUGAAGAAGACAGGAUGUCAUUGAAAGGUGCAAAGGGAGGAGCAGAGGGUCGACCAUCAUCAGCAGCCAGCAUGUCUCCUCGAGCGGGGCGCGGGGCAGCGGCGGCAGCAGCUGGCAGAUCGCCUGCUUCUGGGAGAUUCAAAAACAAGGCCCUUCAGCUCAGCCUCUCCAAGAAAUUCUGCUCCAGGUCACAGUCGUCUUCGGCCAAAGGGAAGGCCGCUGGCGAGGAGGGGUCUCGGCGCCAAGGUAAGAGGAGCCUCAGCAACAGCUCAGCAGUGGCCGCCGCCUACGUCUCCUACCUCAAUAAACUCUUUGGGGAGGAGAGGGAGCUGAUGCCAGAGGAGCUGGAUGAGCUGCAGGAGGCCUUUAAGGAAUUUGACUAUGACGCGGACGGCUUCAUCCAUUACAAAGACAUCGCCGACUGCAUGAGGACCAUGGGCUACAUGCCUACGGAGAUGGAGAUCAUCGAGAUCAUCCAGCAAAUCAAGAUGAAAUGGGGUGGACACGUCGACUUUGAUGACUUCUGCUCGCUGAUGGGGCCGAGGAUGUUGGCCGAGACCGCUCACAUGGUCGGAAUGAAGGAGCUGCGCUGUGCCUUCAAACAGUUCGACUGUGACGGCGAUGGAAAGAUCACGUGUGAUGAGCUGAAGGAGGGCAUGAAGACCCUGCUGGGGGAGAAGCUGAAGAAAGGUGAGCUGGAGGAGAUCCUCGGCGACAUUGACCUCAACAAAGACGGCAACAUUGAUUUUGACGAGUUUGUUAUGAUGCUUUCUGCACGAUGAGCCCUGACGGAAGAAGACGGAGAGAACAGAGCAGGAUUCCCCAGCUGAACCGUCUCCACUGGCUCCUUCCUGCUGCUGUGAUUCAUCUACAUCCCAAAUGUCUGACUGUAAAAUAUAUAUAUUUAUAUGUGUCUGUAUAUAUGUAUUAUAUAUGUGUUUAUAUUUUCAUCAUAAAAGUUGUGGUUGAUUAAG